CUGGUCUUCAAGGCCCAUCUGUAGAGAUUGUUCUCUGUAGCCAAGCGGUUUGUCGACGUGUAAAGCCGGAUAUCAACAUUUUCAGGCCGUUCAUAGCCAUAUAUCACCGUUAUUUCUCAAACCAAGCUGCUCGGACUUCUUGCCAUGGACGGAAGACUGCUCGGGGAAGUGCGAAUCGCAGACGAUAAGGAUUUCUUGGACUUUAAGCAGGCUUGUUUGAACCACGGCGACGGCUGGGAGCAGAAGUACAACAAACACGGAACAGUUGUCUACGCGAAGCUACAGGAAGCCUCUUCUGUCAAACUGCUCAAGGUUUCAGUGACGUUCAAGAAAGUUUGUGCGGCGACUUUGUACGAUGUCCUUCACGAUCCUGAGUACAGAAAAAUGUGGGACCCAAACAUGAUAGACGCUUACGAAAUCUGCCAACUCAACCCAAACAAUGAUGUAGGCUACUACUCAUGGAAGUGUUCCCCACCGUUGAAGAACCGUGACUUUGUCACUCUAAGAUCCUGGCUGGAAACUGGAACGGAGUACAUGAUCAUCAACCAUUCUGUCAAUCACCAGAAAGUGCCACCUAAGAAGGGGUUUGUACGAGGCAUCUCCCUGUUGUCGGGAUACUUGAUACGACCUCUGACCUCCGACAGCUGCCAUUUCACAUAUCUCACACAGAUGGACCCCAGAGGGUCCCUGCCAAAGUGGGUGGUGAACAAAGCAACACAAUUCUACGCUCCAAGAAUGAUGCAGAAGAUCCACAAGGCUGCCAUGAAGUACCCGGCAUGGAAGUCGCAGCACAAACCCGCGUGGAAACCGUGGCUCUACCCGGAACAGAUCACCGUCCCAAGGGUCAACUACGAUGACCUUUCUCCCGUGGUCCUGGCGGCGCUCCCAGACUCCUCCAGUGACAUCAUGGAAGAGAUGGAGGCUCUUGAAGAGGAUUUCAAGGAUGAGAACUUCGUGAAAGAUGAAGACACAGAACCAGCAUAGCCACUAGUAGUUAACUCUAAGUUAGGCUAAGUUCCUUUUCCAGAACAGUUGUCCUGCUAUUAGGGCAGUGAAAAUUUCCUUAAGGUUUUAAGAAUGAUAAACAAAAAGCAAUCAAACGUAAGUAUUUCUGACAACUUGGGUCUUGUCAGGUUCGAUCUUCCAUAUAUGGAGGUUUUGAAAAACAGUGUUUCCAUGUAUGGAGUUGUUGCCUCAAAAGAAAAAACUUGCUUCCAUAUAUGGAGCUUUUGCCUCUGAGAAAGAAGUUUG